AUGCCUCUCCAUAACAAACUUCCGGACGACUUGAAUGAGUUCGACGUCAUCAUCGCAGGUGGUGGACUUGCGGGCACCGUGGUGGCCUCGCGCCUUGCAGAGGCCGACAAGGACCUCAGAAUCCUUGUGAUUGAGCAAGGUCCGAACAAUUACAACUUGCCGGAGACGGUGCAUCCAGCCCUCUACCCGCGGAACUUGUUCCCGCAGAGCAAGAUUACGCUGUUCUGGCGUACGAAGCAGUCGCCUCAGCUCGCGAACCGUGCACCCAUUGUGCCGUCAGGAGGCACCUUAGGUGGUGGUAAGUAGACAGAGGGGGAGAAGGAAGAUCUCUGACUGACGUGGUCGUUGCAAAGGCUCUGCUAUGAACUGGAUGGUCUACACCAGAGGACAGCGGUCUGAUUUUGACUCUUGGUAAGUACCGGGUGGAUAUGACGACCAGCAUGGUAAAGUGGAUUGGAGACUGACACCAGAGCGCAAACAGGAAGACACCGGGUUGGAGCGCUGAUGAACUACUCCCAUUCCUGAACAAGGUCAGAGCUUCACUUUCGGAGAGCCGAUAGAUAUCAACGCUGACGGCUGCGUAGCUUGAGACAUACCAUGGCAAAGGAGACAAGGACCGACACGGUCACGACGGAUACGUGAACAUCUCCAAGGGCACCCAUGUGUGCACUCGCGCGGAAGACGCCUUUGUCCAAGCCGCUGCAAAGCUCGGAUACCCCGAGGCGAACGAUCUCCAGAAUCUAGACGCCAACAACGCCAUCGAACGGUACUACAAGUAUAUCGGGCCCAAUGGACGACGACAGGAUGCCGCACAUCGAUACUUGCAUCCAAAGUUAGAGAGCGGCGAAUACCCCAACUUGCACGUACUAGUGGAGAAGCAAGUACUGAAGGUGCUGUUCGAGGGCAAGAAGGCCGUCGGAGUUGAGUACCAGACCAAUCCAAGCUAUCUUGCCAAUCCGGAGUUCUUGUCGACGGCAUACACUGCCAGACGUACCGUCCGGGCCAAGAAAAUGGUCGUCGUAUCUGCCGGAGCGAACGGAACUCCAGGUGUGCUCGAACGAUCUGGUGUGGGUGAUUCAAAGAUUCUGGAGAAGGCUGGCGUGCCGGUCGUGGAAGACCUCCCCGGUGUCGGCAAGGACUACCAAGACCAUCACUUGUCGCUAUGGGCGUAUCGGACCAAUCUGGAACCACGUGAGUGCAUUAACGGCUUCCAGGACGGUCGUUGGGAUAUUGACAAGGCGAUCCGGGAGACGGAUGAGCUUCUGGGCACCAACGGCAUGGACGCACAAGGCAAGUUCCGCCCGACAGAGGCCGAAGUGGAUGCUCUUGGGCCUGAGUUUAGGAAGGCUUGGGACAAGGACUUCAAGAAUCUCCCGGAUAAGCCACUCAUGAUUAUGGCUUUGUAUACUUGGUGAGCAGCUUCCGCACACGUGGACAGUCUGCCGACACUGCUAACAGAAGCACAGCUAUUACGGCGACCAUUCGAUGCUUCCCGGCGACGCCGAAUAUGUCUCUCAAGCAAACUGGACUGGCUAUCCGUACUCGCGUGGACACGUCCACAUCACGGGUCCAAGCAUGCACGACCCAAUCGACUUCGAUACGGGCUGGCUGACCGACCCGGGCGACGUCGACGUGAAGAAGCACAUCUGGGCCUACAAGAUCAGCCGUGAAAUGUGGCGCCGCAUGCCCAUCUUCCGAGGCGAGCUGAAGGGCAACCACCCCAAUUUCCCGCCCGGUUCCAAGGCCGCCAUCAUCGAGAAAGCCGAGGGGCCCAUCCCCAUGUCCGACGACCAACGGAUCGAAUACUCCGCCGAAGACGACAAGGCCAUCGAGCAGAGAGUGCGUGAGAUCUUGUCGACGACGUGGCACUCGCUUGGAACGUGCAAGAUGGCACCGAGAGCGGACCAGGGUGUCGUGGAUGCGAAUUUGGGCGUGCAUGGAUUGGAGAAUCUCAAGUUGGCGGACCUGAGUAUCCCGCCCGAGAACGUCGGGGCCAAUACUGGUAAGUGUGAUCCGGUGAAUGCCACAGUGUGCAAGGAAGAAUGCUGACUUUCGUGGCAGGCAACACGGCAUUCGUCAUCGGAGAGAAGGCGGCGGACAUCUUCAUCAAAGAGCUGGGGCUCGAAAAGGUGGAUUCGCCCAUGCUGGGCAAGCGAACUGUCGUCGUCGCUGCUUGA